UACAACGUUACCUUCGUCCACGCCUAAAUCGUUGAUCAAACAAUGACAGAUGCAUCAGUCUCGACUUGCUUCAGGUCACUUACUUCCUUGUUACUCAAACCUCCCGCAACUAUCGAAGUCCUCCCUGGUGAUGCCUCCAUCUGGAUUCCAGACGUUGAAGAACGAUCUCGUUCUCCUUUUCUAUUCACGGAGAAUAAUCUCGGUGUACCUGAGAAAGAACUUCGUCGGUCAUACCUCUUCGCCGUGCCUGUCUUCUCUGCUGCCCGUAAGGCCUCCGAAUUUCAUACACUCGAGGAUCCAUCCAACCACAUCAUGUCUUCGGCGAUUCAGGACUUAAUCGAUUCUUCUGCUGUCCUCAUUUUGAUGAAUCCGGCUCACCAAACUGCGCUAAAUGCUAGAAAGCAACUUAUCGUGCGGAACCUCAUCGAUAUGGGGGAGGAACUCAAAUUCACAGCCGCCCUACUUUCGAGUAGGCACUGUUGCAAACAGGGCGAGCUGUGGUAUCAUAGGCAAUGGCUCCUCAGACGCAUAUACCCAGUCCCAAGCUUUCCUCAAGGGUUGAUUACUGACAUGAUUCCUGAUUCACCAAAUUUCUACCUUCCCCCGAAUGACCUUUCUGCGGAAAUUCAUCUUGUCAGUAGAGCUUGCGAGCUCUAUCCCCGCAACUAUUUUGGCUGGACCCAUCGUACUAUAUGCAUUCUAUCUGCCCUCGUAUCCGGGAGAUCAGCAGCGUCAUGCAGUGGAUUGAGUCUCACAUCUCCGACUACAGUGCUGUUCAUCACCUUAAAACACUCGCAGCGUCUCACUGAAGACGCGGAAAGCCCACUCCUGCCAGACAGGCUACAUCUCGUGUUCGGACAUGCUCUCACGCUCGUACGUGCAUUUCCGGAGCAUGAAACGCUUUGGCAGUAUCUCCGCGUGUUCUGGGACGAGUCGGAUGUCGCUACAGCGUUCGUCACGUCAUUUGUACUCCCCCUACAAAGUCCUAGGAUGACGGAGCAGGAGAGCGAGUCUCCUAGUGGCGUGCAACAUGCCUGCCGCUUCCUUGAGUGGAGGAAUCAGAGGUUGAAGUGA